AUGGCCCAUGCCACCCCCUUCCAGAAGGAAGCAUGGACGGAAUACGGCAUAGGCGUAAUCAUCCUAUUACUUCGUAUUGUCGCACGUGUCAGAGUGGUGGGGUUCAAAAACUGGCAAGGAGAUGACUACUUUGUGUUUGUAGUUCUCGCCUUUUGGACUGCUGAAUUAACCAUGUUGGAACUGAUCGGCCAAUAUGGCACCAACAUCGGUCUCGAUGAUGCUCAGAGGGCCUCGUUGACCCCCGAGCAAACCGAGAUCCUUGUCAGGGGUUCCAAAUGUCUUCUCGCCGGCUGGACCUGCUAUGUGACCCUGAUUUGGUCGCUGAAAGCGUGCAUGCUGUUUUUCUACAACCGCCUCACGUAA